AUGGUAACCGGGGACAACAUCAACACGGCCAGAGCCAUCGCCGCCAAGUGCGGCAUCAUCCACCCCGGAGACGACUUCCUCUGCAUCGACGGCAAAGAGUUCAACCGGCGAAUCAGGAACGAGAAGGGGGAGAUUGAACAGGAGCGAAUCGAUAAAGUCUGGCCCAAGCUGCGCGUGCUGGCUCGGUCCUCGCCCACCGACAAGCACACCCUGGUUAAAGGCAUCAUCGACAGCACCGUGUUAGAGCAGAGGCAGGUCGUCGCGGUAACGGGGGACGGGACCAAUGACGGGCCGGCUUUGAAGAAGGCCGAUGUGGGCUUCGCCAUGUGA